UAAAUGAACUUUUCGGUGCUCCCUCUUUUUCCAAGGAUGUUACCUCUGCCCUGGGUCUCUUCCCCUGCCUUCCCUCCUCCAAUUCUCUCCUCCUUGGUGCCGGCCUUUUAAACCUGCUGGGGCUGCCCUUUGCCUUCUUGUCUCCUCCUCUCCCUCUCCGGGCCCCUUCACCUCGUCCAUUCCUGUCUCAGGCUCUCCAGAUUCCCGGGCUGUUUGCUGCGCCAUCGUCGUCAAUGCCUCUCUGAACAGCCUUUCGCAAGAGUGUGAGAGAAAGAGCGCGCGCCAGGGAGAGGAGAAAAGAAGAUGAGGAUUAUUUGCAGACAGAUUGUCUUGUUGUUUUCUGGAUUUUGGGGACUCGCCAUGGGAGCCUUUCCGAGCAGCGUGCAGAUAGGUGGUCUCUUCAUCCGAAACACAGACCAGGAAUACACGGCUUUUCGAUUAGCAAUUUUCCUUCAUAACACCAGCCCCAAUGCGUCGGAAGCUCCUUUUAAUUUGGUACCUCAUGUGGACAACAUUGAGACAGCCAACAGUUUUGCUGUGACAAAUGCUUGUAAGUAAAACAAGUUCUGGCUAAAUUAGAAGAGAAUUAAAAUGAAGCAAUAGA